AUAAAGGCAGUUAGCAGUGAGAUUUGUAAUAGAGAUGGCUUAUCUUAAACUCAAAAUCUUUGUUCUUAUGAUACUUGUCCAGUUUAGCCAUUAAUGCAAAGAGAUUGUAGUCUGAUGGAGCAAGCUCAGGAUUAAAAGUUUCAAGUAUCCAGUAGCAUGAACGUGAGCAAACCAGUAUGUGGUCUAGGGAGCACUUUCAAAUAUUUCGCCUAUGGAAGUAACCUUUCUGAGAAAAGGAUCCACAUCAAUAACCCAACGGCUAAGCGAGUAUCCUCAGGAAUGUUGAACGAUUAUAGAUUGGACUUUAAUUAUUUCUCCAAAAGAUGGGGCGGGAAUGCGGCCACGAUCGUCCCUGAAAAACUGAGCUCCGUAUGGGGAGCGAUUUGGGAAAUUGACAAGUGCAAUGAAGCCGACUUGGACAGACAGGAAGGUGUCGGCAACAAUAUAUACAGGACGUUACAGGUCGAUGUCGUAGAUUCAGCAGGGAAAACACAGAACUGCAGGACAUACAUGCUGUGUCAGCUACCUCCGAAUGCAAACAUUGCCGAACGGCCACCUUCAAAGAUUUAUUUAGACACAAUCAUAUCUGGUGCUAAAGAAACAGGAUUGCCUGAAGAUUAUAUCAAGAAGCUUGAAUCCAUCCCUCACAACAAUUACACAGGCCCUAUACGUCACGACAUCGAUUGAGUUUUAAUUAACUGUGCGUAUGUACAUUACAUCAGAGUUUUAUAGCCUUAAUAUAUUCUGUUGUUAAAUAG